GCAGUUUUGAAUUUUCCAUGUUCUACACGGCGCUGGUGGAUACCACGGAAAUAUGGAAUGUGGAGGGGCGCACGGUGCUCGUCGGCGAGCAAUUGACCCUGUUCGCUCCCACGAACGCGGCCUUCAGCACUGCGCUCAGCGAGGAGGUGAUGACGUGUCUGCAAAACGAGCCCGGUCAGGCGACCCUCGCGAGUUUCUUGAAGUACCUUCAGGUUGUCGUGCCCAUGAAUGCCAGUGUCCGCAGGUGAAAACUCCCAAACAGCUGCUCAAUCUGACUAAGGACGGGUCUCUGUGGACGGUUGGGGGCAAGGGCAUCGCCGUCACUGAGGACGCGGAUGGCUCGAUCAGGCUGACAAGCGACGACGGAGUGGACAGCAUGACAGUCCAGGAAGCCAGACCCACAGACCCCACGGUGACGCUCAUUCCGCUCGAGGACGCCGUCAUCGUCGACGAGGAUGUAGGUAACACGAUCUUGAGCAUGUGUUUUGGUGAGGAGCCGUCCCAGUCGUCCACCGCAGCACCCUCCAGCGUCUCCCUCCCUCCGUCGGAACUGUCUUUCGAAGACUCGCACGCUGCCUCCUCAAAGGAAUCUGCGACGCAAGUGGCUUCCUUCGAAUCUGCAACGCAAGUGGCUUCCUUCAGAAGCCUGUGGGAGCUGCUUUUCUAGGGAGAUUCACAUUCUGUGGACAAGUUUAGUUCACCGAGCUGCAAGUAUGGAAUGCAUUUCGUUAUCGCCAUUUAGAAUAUCAUGUUUCAUUCGACAUUUCGUGACCAAAAAUAAAUGCAUAAAUAUUCG